GCGCCACUGGGGCGCGGGCACGCCACAGGUCUCCGGGGACUCACAGGUCACAAGGCGGGGUUGCCGUGGCAGCGGUGGCCGCAGGCGUCAGCGGAAGGAGUCCCUCGGCGGGCCCGCCAAGCACCUCGCCUGGGGGCGCCCGAGCCAUGGGCACCAAGUGGUUCAGCGGGGCGCCCUUCGGGGUGCAGAGCCACAGGUUUGACGUCUCUGCCGUUUACCCCAAUAAGAAGAAACUCAGCACCUUCACGGAGGCCCCCUACUCCAAGCUUCAUUCUGUGGAAACGUCCCACAUAGGCCCAGGAACCUACGGCUACCAGGAGACCUGCUUCAGCAAGAAGAAGCUCAAGCAGGAGGUGGGCACAGGCUGGGCCCGGGCCCAGGAAGCCACCCGGCUGACCCGGCUGCCCCACUUCCAGUACGAGGCCAUCAUGCGAGAGAAGCAGUCUCAGAAGGAGAAGCUGGGGCCCGGCUCCUACAACCUCAAAGACUUCUUAGAGGAGCUGCAGAAGAGACCGUGCAGCACCCGGGGGCUGCUCAGCUCGGGGGAGACUCGCUUCCGAGGGCUCAUUGGGAACUACUAUCCAGGCCCUGGAAAUUACGGGGUGAAGGGUAACCCAUACACCACGCUGGAGGAGAAGGCCCAGAGCCGUUCCCAGGGCCUCAUGUGCAGGAUGACCAGCAAGCCACCCCCCUUGGUUCAUCAGGGGAGUGGCCUGGCGCCAGGCACCUACUCCUUAAAAAGUGGCAUUGAGACCUACCUGGCACAAUCCACGGGCACCCGCGGCCCCUACGACAUUUUUUCCGGUGACCGAAGCAAGCCCCAGCCUUAUGGACAUUACUCUGUGCAGAAAAAAAAGCCCAGGGAGCUGAUGAACUUCACGAGCUUCGUGGAAGAACUUAACUCACGUCACAACAAGAAGCGUGGGUUUUUUUCGAAAAUUGCUCGCAACCCCGAAACCCCUACGGAGAGGAUUUACUGGGCCACCCUUAGCCAGUGCCCCCGAAAACUGGCCACGUCUGGUCCUGGUUCGUGGCUUCCUCCAGAGAAGGAAUGCAGGCAGGUCAACCAGCCACCAUUCCUGCUGUCUUCCAAGCGUCUGGGAAUAAAGGCCUACCAGAUGAUUCUGGGAAGCUGGAACCCCGUAGGUGUGGGCCGCUACCUCAACACCUGGCUGAUGGAGACGAAGGACCGACGACAGCGGUACCGGUCCCUGUACCUGGGUGGAUCCAAGCGCUACCCCUCAGAUCUGGCCCGGGACAGGCUCAUGCAGGAAAGGAUCACACCUUUUACUAAGGGGAGGUGCCUUCCAACGGUGGAUUACAAUUCAGAUCCUACUCCUUAAAGGUGGAUAUGAAGGACAGCCUGUGAUGACCAGAGGACCCAAAAACCUGAAGACAAAUUUGGGGAUGGGAGUGUAGGAGUGGGAAUCUGGGUUGGGGGGGUGGUUCUUGGAGAAAGGACACCUGGGAAUGCCUGGAGGGGAAGGAUAUGGUGGGAACGCUUUUGCUGGAGACAUCUACCUGGAGGUCACGUGGUCCCCUGGACAGCUGGGGCCAAAUAUCUGUUGCUAUGAAAGAUCAGUUAUCCUGAGAAUUCAAACUAGCCAGUGACAUGAACAUGGGAGCCAGGUAGCAGAUGGACUAAUGGGUGGAAUGUGGUUGACACUCUUGGAACCUCUUCUAAACUCAAAUUGCUUGACUCUCUGAUUAUUAAAAUCCAAAAAGAGGUG